GCGACUAGCUUCAACCCCGCCGCUUUUCUACCCCGGCGAUAGUGAAAUGGUCAAGAUUUAUUCUCCCUCUCGAGGUUUUCCCGGUCUCGCCGUUUGAACCCCGCUCAAUCUUAGGUCGGAAAAGUCGAAGGACGAUUCAACGCGGAGGGUUGGUUUAUAAUUGGCAUCGUUAAAGCGGAAAUUUACCUAACGCGCGCGAACACACACACACACACACACACACACGCAUACACGCGGUUUUUCAACGCAGUUCAAAGAUCUCUGUGCAGCUAUGCGCUGCCUUCACCCUUCUUUCCCCCUCUAAUUAAAUUAUUUUUUUCCAUCAGACGCGUUACACGCUCGCCAGUUGCGCGAUUGUUAAUUAGACUCAAUUAAUUAUUAUAAUUAACGCCUGCGACUCUCAACCCCAGUGUCGUCCGUGUAUGGUUGGUCAUUGUGUCUACCUGCAUACCUGCGCUCACGUAUUUAAUUCACACGUAAUACGACACACUUUUUGCAUUACACCUGUACCCGGGAGUAUGAAACUCUUAUGCCUGAAACGUUGUACGUAAUAAUCACGAAACUACACCGGAAUAAUACGGUAGUGCUCAAUCUCCGGACCAAUUAGCGAGUCGACACUACAUACUUAACACCACUUUACGCCAAGCCAAUUAUAAUACCUUGGUUCGCUGUGAGAACAAUCAUGCCGAAGUAAUGUUUCCUUUUUUUUUUCUUCCUCUUCUACUUCUUCUUUUUUUAUUUCCAUGAAAAUACAGUAACAAUAAUUACAACGUUGAGAAGUACAAAUAUAUUGUUCAUUAAUUUCGAAAUUAUCAGGAUGAUAAUUAUGCCGAUGAAUGAAACUUCCGACUGAUGCUCGUGAACACGUGUGAAAAAAAAAAACAAAAAUCAAACGAACAGAAAAAUAACACGAGAAAUAAACUACCGAGGAAAAUAAUCCCGUUCGACUUUCUAUCGGUGAUAAAAAAAAAAAAAAAUUAAACUUCUCGUGAGAUAUUCACAGGUAUUCCAUUCGAUAAUAAAAAACAGCGGUAAAACAACUGUAAGGAAAAACAUACAUAUAUAUAGUCAGUGAUCAUCGUCGGUGGAAUCGACAAAAAUUGCCACGUCCAAAGGAUCGACAGGAGGAUCAGUAAUGUCCGCCAACUGCACGUGACACGUGGAGACCUUUCCAAGCCUUUGUACGCCGACGAGGAGUAUGGAGGAGCUUGAGACGCUGGAAGGUACGGAUUGCCCCGAGUGUCCAGGACCUCCACCUGAAUUCCGGCUUCCACCACCGCCUCGGCCACCAUUUCUAACCGAGGGAACAUUUUGCUCCGAGGCGCCACUCGCCGAAAUCGAGGAUUGCGUCGCGAUUCCGAUGAUAGAUGCCUCCUACCACACAAAUCCGUCGCUCCAAAGCACGGCGCUGAUAAUCACGAGCGCCGUCAUCCUGCUGCUAAUGGCCGCAAUAAUUUCCGUGGUAUUUUGGAAGCAUAAACGAAAAGUCCAGAACCUUCUGCCGUGCAAGAGCGCAGGAGGAGUCGCGGCGGCUUCGUCGGGGGCGUCGGGGGUCAGGGGUCGAGGCGUGGGGGUCCUUGGGGACGGUCAGCAGCACGCGGGGGGUGGUUCGGUGCUGUACGAGGACCUGCCGGACGCGGUAUCGUCGGGGGUCCGAAGCCACUUUGGCAGUCUCCACCAGCAACAGCAGCAACAGCAGCAGCAGCAGCAUCAGCAACGCCUUCAGCAACAGCAGCAACAGCAGCAACAGCAACAGCAGCACCAAUCGGGGAACCACGCGCCGCACCUUCAGGCCCCGGGCCAUCAUCAUCUCCAGCAGCUGAUGCCGGGUCACCGGGCGAGCCAGCCAACGAUCGAGAUGCUGGACGUCCAAGAUGGCGGUAGAGGCGUCUUCGUCUGCAGCAGCCCGUCGGGAUCCGACCUCUACAAGAACUCCCAGGACUCGUACAACCCCGUCUACGAGGAACUGGCAAACGGUGACAUCCACCCGGAUACCGAUGACGAGAACGAGCCGAGUGCGAGGACCAGGUUAACGAAUCAUCGGCGCGUUCACGCCAGCUCGAAGGCUGCUAGCGAGGACGAAUUUGCCGAGGACGAAUUGUCCGUCGGGGAACCAUCCGAGGCCAGAAUGCUGACCACUGGCGCUCCAGCCUGGGGCACGUGCCCUGCAGCUCCGAAACCCCCCAAAGGCAGAAGAGGCAGGAGUCCGAGGAGCCUUGACAGGCGCAGAAAGGACAAGGCUCAGGACGUCGGCGAAUUUCAUGAGGGAAUGCUCCUCGAUGCGCUCUUACAGCUCUAUCCGAGCGUCGCGGGAGUCGCUGGUUCGAGGCCGUCGAACGGCCAGCGCCAGCAGCAGUCCGUCCCAUCGGUGGCGCACCGGCUGCCGUACUUCGUGCCGCAGCUUCCGGCGGCCCAGGUUUUGAAGGUCGAGGAAAAUCCGUACGAAACGGUCCCCGUCCUGGGCCCGUUACACCGGUACACGACGCUGGGUCGGAGUGGGGGCCGGCAGCAGGACAGGGGGGUGAAGUGCCCUCGGUACAGCUCCGAGUACUACGGCCUGCAGAACCAGGAGGUACUGCCGGGGGCCGGGGGCCCGGUAUACACGCAGGUGGGGGGCGGAUACUCGGACUACUCUCAGCCGACGGACAGGCUCUACCUCGAGGAGAAGUACGCUCAGCCGGUGUACUACACCCCUAGGGAACCGGACCACGUCUCCUCCGGUCGGCUUUACCAGGGUCAGCCGGACAGCAGCUUCGGCAGUGACAGCGGCUACAGUCAUCACACCUCCGGGACGACGGGGACGACGGGAACCCGCGGGAGCAGCUCCCGGGUGAAUCACAGGAAGGACAAACAGCACAGGAACUCCCAUCACUCGAUCGACUACGUUGUUUCGUAAGGAACGUUUCGCCUGCGAAGUGACGAGGGUCCCGCUUUCCGGAAAUGGCAUUGUUAUCUCAUAUCGUUUGUUGUUGCAAACUCGGAUUACCGGUAUCCGAAGUGGCGCACCUGCGUGAAAAAAAGCCACUCCAACUGGCUCGUAUUUAAUGAUAAAUGUCGAUUUUUACACGAUAUUUUACACGGUAUCAACUGUUUUUGAUGAAAUUAUAGUCUCGCAGCUCGCACGAGGUAUUCUAAUGCACGACGUCGGUGAUAUUAGACUGAAACGAUCAGCUGACCGCUCGGCGCGACGCCAUAUUUCUCGUAUUUUAAAUCCCAAUACAAGGAGUCCGUGAGUAAAGAAGAUUCUAGAAAACGGUUGCGUAUUUCUACCCCAAUUUAUCUGCACUUCGUUCGACUCGAAAUAUUUGAGUGAAAAAUAAACACACACACGUAAAGACACUCUGUAGUCACGCGACGAUUGACCAGAACUAGUAUAAUUGCAUGUAUAAUUCGUAAUGUAAGAUAAGAUGUACAGGUAGAUACGGAGUUGGAAUACGCGAGCCUGUGCGCAAUGAGGUUGUAAUAAUUAUGCAACAUUAUAUCGACGAGUGAGGAUAAUUUUAAGUGCAUUGUAUAAAUCAAAGAACGUAAAAUCCAAAGACGGGUUUAGCAACGCCCCAUCCAUACCUUUGUAAUGUAAAUAUAUUUUUUUCCUCGUAGAAAAUUAGCAUAGCGCUGUACCAUAUCGUUGUCGGUAACCAAUACAUUAUACAUAAACGAAUAAAAUAUAGGAUAAACAUACAACGCGCAGACACAAACAAGAGAGAAAUCAUGAAAUUUAAUAUAUUAUAUAUUUAAAUAUGUAUAAGAAAUAAAUAUAGUUUGUACUAAUUUUUCAACAUAAUUCACACCAGUAUACAUAUACACAUUGUAUAAUGCAAAGUAUUUCUAACGACGAGCAGAGACACGCUGCGUAUAAUUUCAGAAGUGAACCAUAGCGGCGGUACGUGUAUCGGGUAAUUCCACAAGCUAAAUUCAGCGUGUUUAGUGAAGUCUUUGAGAGUAAAAUCACGUUUGGACGAUUCUUGCCAUUAUUUACUGUGACGUGAAAUAGCUUUUGGUAGAUAAUGCGUAUUAGAACUGAUCGCACAGCUGAAAUAAAAUCGCAGGCGUACCAGUUGCAGCCAUGUUGAUUUCGCGUUCACGGCUGCGUCGAAUGUUUCACAAACUUUGUUACAACUGACGAUGAGCGGGUAUAAUUACCUAGAGUCACGAACAUGGUUCACUCUGUUAUCAAUUUACCGUUACACGUCGACCUAGGUUUUAAUGAUCAUUUAAAAUGUCGUAUAGCGACGAGGCGGAGAUCUCAAAUGAUAUGUGAUCCUGUAAUAUCCCCGAUAGCAAACUCGAAUACAUAUACCUUAAAUAACUAUACUUAAUAUACAUAUAGAUCGAUUACCUCGAAACGUAUAAUUAUAUAUUGAACUCUAUUGUAAAUAAAUUUUUCUACGUGCCCAUGCAGCUACUGUGGUAGUAAUGCACUCCAUACCCAAGUCAGGUAAUUCAAAUACCUAUAUUAUAUACGGUGGUUCGCUAAUUCGCCGUUGUAAAUAAAAUUAGUUAUGCAUAUUGUACGAUCUGCGUAGAGUUAUGACACAAUUAUUCAUACACUUGCAUAAUUUUAGGCUUUCUCUUGUUGCUGUUUUUUAUUAGCAUGUUUGUUUGAAACGCAAUUAUUUUUACAAGGUGAUAAAUAACAUUCAAUUUAUUUUUUAUUUAUUUACCAUGAUCCGGUAUCUCAUACCGUUUAAUUUCAGUACGCGGAUUUCUUACAGGCCGCGGCUCUGAUGUGUGUACUUACAUACGUACGUUAUUUACCUAAUAGUUAAAAUGAAUCUAUUUACUGUUUUAUGACAUCAAGAAUUCUACACGUGAGAAUAAUUAUAUCCGCGGUCACAGUCUUGAGAUUCCUCCGGGAUUUCAAGGAUUUCAUUAAUACGUUAUUCGAUUACUGUUUAACCGCGUUCGACUUGCAAACUUUACAUACCUACUUGUAAAUGACGAUUACAAAAAGAUAAUUGGAGACAAUGUUUCUGCGUAUUUUAUCAUCAAAACACGUCAGACAAAAACGAAUGUUUCGCAUUUGUAUUAUACAAUUAUCGUUGUACUUAAAUACUUCGAAAGGUAGCGAAAAAAAAACGCUUUUUUUGUAAAUCUUGCGUCCAUGUUGAAUAAUUUCUAUUUAUUACAAUAUAAUUAUGUAGAUAAACUUAUUUAUACGCGUGUUCGUGUCCAUGCAAUGGUACCUACGCCCCUUAUUCUUCAACGAAUGAACUAAUUUCGAAAUGAUAAUCCCGAAUUAGAAAAAUAAAACUCAUUGUCGAUAGAUUUUAAAAAAAACAAAAACGAGAACACGACAAAAUCACGCAAUAAUUUAUAUUCCUCUUGCGUCUUCGGUUCCUAUAAAUUCCGUGCAUCAUAUACGUAUGAAAAUAUAAUAGAAUUUGUUUAACCUGCUCAUAAGGCUUCGAUUCCGCAGAUCAAUAUGCCUAUAUAUUUAGCAAUUCCAAAU